AUGGAUGAUUAUGGAGCUCAGCUCGAAGUUGGGAUGAUGUUCAGGAACCGUGAUUCAUUCAAGCAGCAUAUAGCAAUGUUUGCUAUUGCUAAAAAGUUUUGCUACUGUAGCGCCAAGUCAGAUCCGAGCAUGAUGAUACUGAAAUGCAUUAGCUCAACUUGCCCAUGGCGUGUGUAUGCGACAAAGCUAAAGGAUUCAGAGGUUUUUGAGGUGAGAAAACUUGCCAUCGUUCAUACAUGUUCUAUUGCAGAGCGUGGUGGAUACCAAGGCCAAGCAACUUCAGUGGUCAUUGGAGAACUGAUGAAAGCAAAAUUUGCUGGAAACGGUAUCGGGCCUAGGCCGAGGGAAAUUCGAAUGAUGAUGCAUGGUGACCAUGACGUCUCGAUUUCAUACUGGAAAGCGUGGAAGUCAAGGGAUAUGGCUGUGGAUAAUGGCCACGGAACGUGUAAUGCUUCUUACAUAAAGCUUCCGUCUUAUCUAAAUAAUCUGGUCUUAGCAAAUCUUGGAUCUUUAGCCAACUUACACACAGACCAAACCGAGGAAGGGGGCCACCGGUUCAAAUAUAUGUUCCUCGCCUUAGGAGCUUCAAUUGAAGGAUAUAAAGGGAUGAGGAAGGUAGUGGUCGUUGAUGGGACUCAUUUAAAAGGAAGAUAUGCAGGAUCAUUUGUGCCCAAUGAGCCUGGAUUGGUCGUCGUAUCCGACAGGCAUCCCUCCAUCUACAAAGGGAUUAGCAAGGUGUAUCCAAGUUCAGGCCACUGCAUUUGUGUUCUCCAUCUGAAGAGAAACAUCAGGUCCAAUUUUUGUGGGAGGCAUUUGGAAUACCUAGUUGCGAAGGCAGCAAGGGCUUAUAAGUUGAGAGAUUUCUACGUUACAUUCAACGAGAUUAAAGCGAUGGAUCCAAAGUGUGCAUCAUACCUAAUCGAGAUCGGUUUUGAGCAUUGGGCGCGAUCCAAUUUCCCUGGAAACCGGUACAAUGUUAUGACCAGCAACCUCGCUGAGUCUUGGAAUUUUGUUUUGAGCAAAGCGAGAGAGUUUCCCAUUGUCCAAUUGAUCGAUUUCAUCAGGGGGAAGCUAAUGACAUGGUUUGCAAAGAGACGUGAUUCGGCUAGCAAGAGCGGUGGAGUUCUCACCCCACGCAUUGAAGGAAUCCUGACAAACAACUUCGAGAUGACCGGAGGAUAUGAGGUGGUCGACAUAGCUGAGAAGGAGUACGAGAUACGGAACAAGACUGGCGGAAGCUUCCAUGUUAACCUCCGCACAAGGACUUGCAGCUGUUUUGAGUUUCAGAUGCUAGCUAUUCCAUGCUCUUAUGCCAUUGCUGCUGCACUCAAAGCUAAGAUAAAUGUGGAGGAGCUGGUUAUUGAUGAAUACAAGCUAGACUCCCUGAAUCGUGCCUAUGAAGGAAUUAUACUCCCCGAAUCAGCCUCACCAGUGGGGGUAGGAAUGUCUUCUAUUGUGUCCGACCUCCAGUUGGGUCCACCAGCUACGUGA